CAAUACGAUGCGAGUAAAGCGAUUUUACUAGCGCUGUGUAAUUUGCGCUCGCUGAGCGUGUUCUACUCGCUCACUCGCUACUCGCCGGCGAUCGGCUACUAAUCUCGCCCUGUGUAAUAGAUGCUUAACUAACUCCCGACAGAUGUCUGGGUCUGGGCUGGGUGAAAAGAAAUGGCAAACGAAAGCAUAUGUUUUGAGGUUUAAAAAGAUACAGUAAGAAGAAACGGAUUAUCAUCGAUUAAGCUUGGCAACUGUGGUGUCUGGUUUGUGUUAACAGAUACUCCAAAUCUUAGGUGCUCCGUGGUUCCGUCGUUCCAUAUCAAUGUGGAUGCCGAUGCUGAUGUUUUGUGGCUCCGUGGUUCUGUAGCUUAUUGGAAUAAACGCAUAUUAUUUUAGUCACCUUAAUAUUUUUUUUAUUCUGUGAAGUGUUCUGAAGUAAUUUGCAGUAUUAUAACAGUGUAUCGAUAUUCAAUAUUAUUGAAAAUAUGGAACAAACGUUUGCUCGAUCAGAGCGAUAUAGUCUACGAUGGAAUAAUUACACAAAUAAUUUACUUCAAAUGAUGAUAGAGCAACAUAUGAACGAAAAAUUUGUGGAUGCAAUUUUGGUUUGUGAAGAUCAAUUCAUUAAAGUACACAGAUUGAUACUUUCUGCCUGCAGCGCGUUCUUUAAGUCAAUAUUAGAGAACCAAAUUGGGCAAGCUUUCCAACCUUACAUCGUUUUAACUGGAGUGAAAUUUGAGCACUUGAGGUAUAUCAUUGAGUUCAUGUACAGUGGCGAAACCAAGGUCUUGGAUAAGGAUAUAGAAGAUGUACUUAAAUUAGGUGAAAAAUUCCAAGUUAAAGGAUUGUGUUCAGUUAAACUACGAGAAAAGGUGUCUGUGAAUUUCCCAGGGCAACUCAGCAAGAAUUCAAAAGAAAUACCUGAGCCUGCAAAUCCAUUGUGCAUUCAGAAUGCUGUCACUGGUACACCAACAGUUGUUGAGCAAAAUCCAACACUAAAAGUACCAUGUGUCACCAAAUUACCUCCACAUAAACUUAGCACCACAUCAUCUACAACCACUGAGAAGGCUAUUAGUGCAAUCAGUCCACUUGCCAAUACCUGUGCUAGAUAUGUUCAAAUUCUGCCAAAGCUUCCAAUAGAAAAACCUGGUUGUUCUCAAAAUGCAUCUAAUAAUGUAGAAUCACCUACCUUUUCUUCUCAACAGGAAAAUACAGUAAAUGCCAGGACUGUUUCUAAAGCAGUAGAGCCUUCUAAAGAUGUUGAUGCAUCAAAAAAAAUGGUAGGUCCAUUGGGUCCUUUGAUAAUGAAGGGGAAACAGAUUCUGCUAUCUAAAGAUCAGUUAAAUGAACAUUAUGAGGUUCUGCAUACAGAUAUUAAAUAUGAUUCUCCCAAAACAAAACCAGCUAUAAAGAAAUAUGUAGGAAAACAGACACCUCUUGCUAAGUCACCUAACGAGUUUGACCAUGCUGAUACUGCAUCGAGUUCUAACUCUUGCAAAAACGUGACUGUAGAAAAUAACAUUCCAGCUGCUAAAGUAAUUUUAAAAGAGGAUAUCAAGUCUAAAACUAGUGAGGGUCAAAAUAAAUCUCCAGAUAGUGCAGGCAGCUUUAUGGAAAAUCCUGCAAAUAGUAGAGUUAUAAAAUCAGAGCCCACAUCACCAGCAGAGGUAGAUGACAAGGAGGUGUUAUUGUCUGACACUUCAUCAUUUACCAUGGAGACUGGUGAUGAAGCAAUGGUGGUUAUUAAAGAAGAAAUACAGGAUGAUGAAGUCUCUAAUAGAAGCAGUUUGAUUAAAGAUACCAUGGAAGUAAUGAAAAAUGGAACUCAGGUACCAAGGAAGGCAUUGGAGAUUGAACAUAAGCCAGUGAGUCCCUUUAUGCUAUUUGCCAAUGAAUGGAGGGGAAUGAUUGCUACAGAAUAUCCAGAUGAAAGUAAGAGAGAAAUAUCACUGAGAAUUAGCCACAUGUGGAAAUCUUUGGAACCAGAUAAUAGGAAGGCUUAUUACAAAAGAGCAAGACGGUCUUUUAAAGUAGGAAGUACAUCACCACAGCCUCACAAGAGAAGCAAGCAGCAAGAUGAGAGAACGGAAUCCACCGUACAAGCAAAAAUCAGUGGUAACUUUGAAAUCGUGACAUGUGGCGAUGAAGAUAGCUAGAAUGCUGAAUAACUAGAAUGAAUGCAUUGCAGUCCUCAUACAUCAUUAUGUAAUCUUUACAAAAAAUAAUCGUAAAUGGAAUACACGAUUUUUUCUGUCGUA